AUGGUUGGUUUUAGAACGAAGAAGAAUCAACGAAGGCGUAUUGAAUCAGAUAGUGAAUCAGAAAAUGAGAAAACAAAUAAAAAACAAGAAGGACUUCUGCAUUUUCGACAGUCUAGUGAACCAAUCGUGGCGAGCAGUCAAAAAGUUGCAAAGGUUUUGGUACAAAUGGAGGAAGAACCAAGUGAUGAUCUUAUAUUGGUACAACUUCCCAGUACUCUUCUUUCAUUGUCGAAUAGCAACGACGAGAAGAUAAAAGUAGAAGAACAGGUUCAGAACACGACUGAUACACCUUCUGCGGCGGUUAAGACCGAAGUUUCACCACCAAAUCCGACAACGUCGCAUUGUUUGGAGAGGUUCGAGGAUGGGACGGCUCUUGGCAAAUUACGAAUUCGUAAAAGUGGUCGUGUUGAACUGAUAAUUGGUGGAAUGGCACUGGACGUAACUUGUGGCAUUAGAUCACGGCACAAUGAGUCGGUUGUACUAAUCGAAACUGAUCCGCGGCCGCUAUCGAACACAAAAGAGAAGUCAGCAGCGUCAAAUUUGUUGCAAAUAAAACCAGAACCAAUGGAGGAGACUCGUGAAGAUGAGCACGAGAAACGAUCAGACAACAUGUUCGUUAUUGGUAAAAUUGGUCAGUCGAUGGUUUGUUCACACGACUUCGCGAAGUCAAUUGAACAGUCGAAAUUGGAAAGGAAACAUAAAUCGGAGUUGUUGAGAAAGCCAAACGAAGAGAAAGCAAGUGAACUGGAUGAGGCGGAAGCCGAAACGAAAAAGUUGGUCGGUGAUUUGAAAUCAAUGGAAUUGAAGGAGAAAUCAUGGGCAAGAUGGACUCAAAACUAUUUGAAUUAUGCGGCAGCAGCUGAGUCGAUGGAUUUGGACGAUUCAUCGUCCUAG